AUGUCUGGAGAUCGUAACAAUAAAGCUAGAAAUGAGUGUGUUCAAGUAGUUGUGAGAUGUAGACCUAUGAAUGAAAAAGAAUUACUUCAAGGGCAUGAAAAUGUUGUUGAAGUUUAUCCUACUAGGGGUGUUGUUGAAGUAUUUAAUCCAAAGGAGGAUGACAGAAACAAUGGAAAGAUGUUUACCUAUGAUGCUGUUUAUGAUCAAACUUCUAGCCAGCAAGAUAUUUAUGAUGAGUCAGUAUAUCCUCUAGUCAAUUCAGUUCUCGAAGGUUUUAAUGGUACCAUUUUUGCCUAUGGCCAGACAGGAACUGGUAAAACAUUCACCAUGGAAGGUAAUAAAUAUCAAGGAUAUGAUUCAAGAGGAAUCAUUCCUCGCUCUUUUGAGCAAAUUUUCACCCAUAUAUCACGUACAGACAAUAUGCAGUAUCUAGUGAGAGCUUCAUAUCUUGAAAUUUACCAAGAAGAAAUUAGAGAUCUGCUGGAUACCAAUCCAAAAAAAAGAUAUGAACUUCGUGAAAAUGCUGAUACUGGAGUGUAUGUAAAAGAUUUGCAGUCAUUUGUUUGUAAAAGUGUGAAUGAAAUUGAACAUGUAAUGUCAGUAGGUAAUCAAAAUCGUACAAUCGGUGCAACAAACAUGAAUGAACACAGUAGUCGGUCUCAUGCAAUAUUUAUUGUCACUAUUGAAAUGAGUGAUACUAGCACAGAAUUGAAAAAUCAGGUUAGGGUUGGCAAGUUAAAUUUAGUUGAUUUAGCUGGAAGUGAGAGACAGUCAAAAACUGGAUCUACAGGCACCAGAUUAAAAGAAGCUAGCAAAAUUAAUUUGUCUCUUUCAGCAUUAGGUAAUGUGAUUUCAGCCCUUGUUGAUGGAAGGGGACAGCAUAUACCUUAUCGAGACUCGAAGCUAACUAGAUUGCUUCAGGAUUCUUUAGGUGGAAAUUCCAAAACAUUAAUGGUUGCAAAUAUUGGACCUGCAAGUUAUAACUAUGAAGAAAGUUUAACCACUCUAAGGUAUGCUAAUAGAGCUAAAAAUAUUAAAAAUAAACCCCGUAUCAAUGAAGAUCCUAAGGAUGCUUUGUUAAGGCAGUAUCAAGAAGAGAUAAUUCGUCUAAAGCAACUUCUACUAAUGUCUGUUGGGACUGGAGACCCUGGUAUUAAGAAAAAAAAGAAAAAAAAAGAAGGCCUUGAAACUAAUCAAGAUGAAAAGUCUCAUGAACAAAUGCUUUUGGAAGAAGAAGAAAGUUUGAACACUAGAGAAAAGAAACUUUUAAGCAAUGACAGUGAAAUGCCAGAAAAUGAACGAUUAGAAUUAUUACAUGAAAUAGAAAAAAGGAAAGCAGAAAUAUCUACUGAAAAGAAAUAUGCUGAAGAACUUCAUAAUCGGAUUAAUGCAAUGGAAAGCAAAUUACUUAGAGGAGGAAAAAAUAUUAUAGAUCACACUAAUGAACAACAAAAAGCUCUGGAACAAAGGAAAUUAGAAAUAAAUGAAAGAAAGCGUCGAGAAGUUCAAAUAAAACAAAUGCUUGAAAUGAAAGAAGAAACAAUGGAGGAAAUUAGAGAAACUUAUGCUACUUUGCAACAAGAAGUUGAAGCAAAAAACAAUAAAGUCAGAAAAUUAUACCAAAAAUUACAGAGUACGAGACAAGAAAUAGGUGACAUUACUGAUUCAUUUAAUGAAGAUAGACGGGAAUUAGAGAGUACACACAAUGAACUACUUAAAGACUAUAAAUUAAGGUUGUUAAUAAUUGAUAAUUUUAUACCACCCCAAGAGAAGAAAAGGAUUUCUUCAAGAUUGUUUUAUGAUGAUGAGGAUGAUGUUUGGAGAAUGAUGCCUGAAUCUGAGCCAUUAAAAGUACUAGAGCGUCCAGUUUCCAGUCCAUCAGAACGUAGACCAAUUUCUGAGUAUGCAAAGAAUGCUAGAGAUAUUAGUAAUAAUUACCGCUUCAAGGGGGAAAACAUUAUUGAAUUAAAGUUAGAGCCGCAAGAAACAAUGACUAAGGACUAUCAGGGCCCAGCUGUAGCACCUUCUGUUUUAUCUGCACUUGAAGCAGCUUUAAAAGGGGAAGAAGACAUUGAUGUAGAUGCAUCACUUGCAGUUAGCAAAACAAAACGUAAACCUUUUGUUGUAAGAAACCCAUCGAAACCAAUGUAUCCGAAAUCUAGAGGUCUAGUCCCUAAAUAA